GUUAAAAUCUUUGUGCUCCAACAGCGAGGUGGGCAAUGGCGGCAACUAUUUCAAGAAAUUCAGUGAUAUUAUUGUCUGUGUUGGUAAUUAUAAUGUCGUUAGUUGUGGAAGGCAGAGUUGCGGGAAGUUUCAGCAGUGGGCCGUGGCAGAGCGCCCACGCCACAUUCUACGGUGGCAGUGACGCCUCUGGCACUAUGGGUGGGGCGUGCGGUUAUGGGAAUCUGUACAGCCAGGGGUACGGCGUGAACACGGCGGCGCUGAGUACGGCCCUGUUUAACGACGGCGUCAGCUGCGGGGCGUGCUUUGAGAUCAAGUGUGUGAACGACCCGCAAUGGUGCCACGCUGGUAACCCCUCCAUCUUUGUGACGGCAACCAAUUUUUGUCCGCCGAAUUACGCUCUGCCCAAUGACAAUGGCGGCUGGUGCAACCCUCCCCGCCCUCAUUUUGACCUUUCCAUGCCCAUGUUCCUCAAGAUAGCCGAGUAUCGCGCCGGAAUCGUCCCAGUCUCAUUUCGUCGCGUGGCGUGCCGGAAGGAGGGAGGGAUGAGGUUCACGAUCAACGGGUUCAAAUACUUCAACUUGGUUUUGAUCAGCAACGUGGCGGGUGCAGGGGAUAUCGUGAGCGCGAGCAUAAAGGGGGCGAAUACAGGGUGGAUGAGGAUGACACGUAAUUGGGGUCAAAACUGGCAGUCAAACGCCGUUUUGGUGGGCCAGUCCCUGUCCUUCUCCGUCAAAGCAAGCGACGGCCGGACUUCCACUUCAUGGAACAUCGUCCCUUCUGAUUGGCAGUUCGGUCAAACUUUCGCCGGCACUAAUUUCAGAUUCUAACCAUCUCAUCUACCUUUCAAUAUUAAGUUAAUUAUAAUGGUCAUCAACAAUGUUAUAUAUAUAUAUAUAUAUCAUAAU